AUGGAUAAAUUAACAUUAGUAUCUGGAACGUUAUUUCUUGCCGCCGAUAUAUUUGCUAUUGUUAGCCUUGCAAUGCCUGAUUGGAUUAUCACGGAUGUUGGAGGUGAUACAAGACUUGGAUUAAUGUGGACUUGUAUGACAGUAUAUAACAGGCCACAAGUUUGUUUUACACCAAGCCUUCAGCCUGAAUGGUUAUUGGCACUUGUUUGCAUCUUUAUUGGUUGCAUUUGUAUCACAACAACAAUAAUACUUUUAAUAUCUUCACAUUGGGAUAGGAAUGUUGUCCCUUAUGCAAGAUGGGUAGGAUUCACUGCAAUGGUUCUUUUCUGCCUAGCCGCAGUAAUUUUUCCAAUGGGCUUCCAUGUCGAUGAAAUCGGAGGACAACCUUAUCAACUUCCAAAUAGUCACCAAGUUGGAAUUUCAUACAUAUUAUUUGUACUGUCCUUGUGGGUUACAGUCAUGUCUGAAUUAUUUGCUGGAAAAGUUUGUUUACCGCACUUUUAA